CUUGAGCGAUCCUCCCCCUCGGCCUCCCAGAGUGCUAGGAUUACAGGCAUGAGCCACUGUGCCCGGCCAGCCAGCCUUUUCUUGUCCACACGUUUUACAUACAUCUGAGAUCCUGUUGCCAAACGGCAGAGAGGUAGAGAGAAUUGCAUCAGUUGGCCGUGCAGCGGUCGGGGCAGCAUCUCAAAGGAGACCCAGGGUCAGCCCUCCACCCAGGACCUGGGUGAGCAUGUACAGGCCAUCGUCAUACCCCCUGUCAAAUGUGGCUGGAUGUGAGGGCUUCAGCAAAUAGUUGUCACAUGUUUAUUUCUUCUCGUGUUUUGCUUUCCAAAAGUGUUUUAAAUCUGUUAUGCUACUUAAAGGGUGGAGUUUUAUGUUUUGCUUUAAAAUGUUGGUUUCUUUUUUGUAUGAUUCAAUAAAUCUUAGUCAUGAAUAGUGUCUUUCAGAAUUUGCCUGCUCUUCUAGUGUAACUAGUUCCGAUGGCUGGGAAUAAAGGAAGAGGACGUGCUGCUUAUACCUUCAAUAUUGAGGCCGUUGGAUUUAGCAGAGGAGAUAAAUUACCUGAUGUAGUAUUGAAACCACCCCCACUGUUUCCUGAUACAGAUUAUAAGCCAGUGCCGCUGAAAACAGGAGAAAGUGAAGAUUAUGUACUUGCCUUGAAACAGGAGUUGAGAGAAACAAUGAAAAGAAUGCCUUAUUUUAUUGAAACACCAGAAGAAAAACAAGAUAUUGAAAGGUAUAGUAAAAGAUAUAUGAAGGUCUACAAAGAAGAAUGGAUACCAGAUUGGAGAAGACUUCCAAGAGAGUUGAUGCCAAGGAAAAAAUGCAAAAAAGCAGGCCCAAAAUCCAUACAGGCAAAAGAUACAGGCAAAGGCACUCCUCUCACUAACACUGCAGAUGUGUUGAAAAAAAUCGAGGAAUUGGAAAAGCGAGGUGAUGGUGAAAAAUCAGAUGAGGAAAAUGAAGAGAAAGAAGGAAGCAAAGAGAAAAGUAAAGAAGGUGAUGACGAUGAUGAUGAUGAUGCUGCAGAACAGGAGGACUAUGAUGAAGAAGAGCAAGAGGAGGAAAAUGACUACAUUAACUCAUACUUUGAAGAUGGAGAUGAUUUUGGCGCAGACAGUGAUGACAACAUGGAUGAAGCAACCUAUUAGGCAUGAAAUUUCUCAAAAAAUAUUUCUAUGAUGCAACUUCUGAGCAUUUGGACAGACUUAUUUUCUAUUUUAUUUCUGAUAAGGAAUGAGUAUUUUAUUUUUGUUCCUGUUUUGUUGGACAAAUAUUUGUUACCUAAACACUCAGAACCACUUUGAGUUUACAUACCAGUUACCUUACAAAUUAGUCUCUGACACUCUGACAUUCCUUCUAAACACCUCCGCUAUCCCUCUUAGGUGCUUUAGUCGUUGUUUUUUGGUUUUUCUUUUUGUACCAUUUGGAUUUGAAUGUGCCUAAAGAAUUUUUGCAUCUCAGUCUGUAUAUUCAUACUUGAAAAAAUCAUUCUUCUUUAACUGCUGAUCUUUUGUAAAACUAUUACUAGUCAUUAGUCAUGGAUUUCUAUAAUCUGAAAAUUGAUUUAAUAUAGCACAUGGAGCACUUUAAAAGCAAAAAAACUUGAAAAUAAUUUUAUUUUUUACUUUUACAUGGUAUGUUCUAUACUACUACAUUAUGACUACAUAAACCUACUUGAGCUCUUACAAGUGCAAAUUUAUGAAAUUAGAGGUUUUGUGAUCAAAAACAUACAGGGAAAAAAGGCCUAACUGAGCUAUAUAAAUUUCACAGCUCACAUCUCAGCCAGUACAAAGAAACACUCAUGUGGGAUGAAUAUUAUAAAUACUUGAAUUUGGGCUUAGUACCAUACAGUAUAUGAGUUAAUGAUCCCACUGUAAUAAGUUGAGUUCUUCAGAUAGUUGGACUUAU